CAACGUUCAGUAGUUCAGCUCGACACUUAUAUUUGGUCCGGACUAGACGGACUUGUGCUUUCGUCAAAGGAUUUACAGACCAAGGUGCUGGGAUGUCUGCAGUAGUGCCGUCGCCGGGUGCCGUGUUCUCCGAUGAGGAGGAGUGCAGUGCAGUGUUUGAGUCCACUGCGGCAGAUAUUGGGGGCUCUGUGCCAGUCCCACGCUUUGGGGCGCCGUUGACAGAGCUGUCGGUCAUCAUUCCCUCAACUGAGCCCAAGACACCUGCAAAGCAGAGGGGGCAGCCAAAGCUUGGCCUGAACCCAGUUGCCGGCGGAGACCAAGCCGAGAAGCUGCAGGUGUUUCUGCGCAUCCGUCCUCUCACAGCAGUGGAGACGGAGAGAGGAGAAGACCAGGGCUGUGUAUGUGUCCAGACUGAUGACACUCUGCUGCUGAAGGCCCCUAAAGAUUCCCACAGCAUGAAGAGUGCUGAGAGGGGCAUCGUGCCCAGCCUGCACCGGUUCAGCUUCACCAAGAUCUUUGGGCCAGAAGCCCCCCAGCAGGAGGUAUAUGACCAGACUAUGAGAGGGAUGGUGCGUGACGUCCUCCGUGGAGAAAACCGGCUUCUCUAUACCUAUGGUGUCACCAACUCAGGCAAAACCUACACCAUACAGGGCACGGUGUCAGAAGCAGGCCUUUUGCCCCGCGUGUUGGUCUCCGUGUUCCACAAACUGACAGGACGGCUGUAUCCCGCCAUGGACCUGAAGCCCGUGCUGAGUCAGGAGAUCCGUAGGCUGGAAGCAGGAGAGGUCCGCGCCGAGGAAAUUCGCAGGGAAGCUCUGCUCACUGAGGUGGAGGCGGUGAAACCACGUGGAGGUGUCACUGCAGACUGGGACAGCGGCAUUGCAGGUCUCUCCACUGCCACGUACCUGGAGGAUUCAGACACUGUGUGCCUGGAAGCGGACGGGCUCUCUCUCAGCAGUGGGGGUGAUCUGGAGCCCGGCCUCCAGUACUCCAUCUGGGUCUCCUUCUAUGAGAUCUACAACGAGUUUCUGUACGACCUGCUGGAGACACCACCGUUCCUCCACAACCGGAAGAGAGCCACGCUGCGUCUGAGUGACGACAAAUAUGGAAACCCCUACGUGAAGGACUUGACGUGGAUUCAGGUUCGCAGUGCUGAGGAGGCGUGGAAAGUGCUCAGGGUUGGUCGACGUAACCAGAGCUUCGCCAGCACACACCUCAACCACAACUCCAGCCGCAGCCACUGUAUCUUCACUCUUCGGGUGCUACAUAUCCAGCCACAGACUGAUCUGGUACUUGGAACACGAAUCAGUGAGCUGUCUGUGUGUGACCUGGCUGGUUCGGAGCGCUGUAAGGAGCAGCAGAGUGGAGAGCGGAUGAAGGAGGCGACCAACAUCAACACGUCUCUGCUCACACUGGGACGCUGUGUGAGUGCCCUCCGACACAACCAGAACAACAGGUCGCGACCCCCGCAGGUGGUGCCGUUCAGGGACAGCAAGCUAACGCGUGUGCUACAGGCCUACUUCUGUGGGCAUGGGCACUCCUGCAUGAUGGUCAACAUCAACCCCUGCGCAUCCACCUACGACGAAACCCUACAGGCCCUCAAGUUCUCCGCCAUCGCCACCCAGCUGGUGCAUGGUCCAUCCUCUAAGACGCGCGUGGCCUACAUCCUGUCUCUCCUUCGGGAGCAGUCUGUCCAUCCAAACGACACGGCUCUAAUAGAGGAGGAAGAGGAGGAGGAUAGUGAUGAAGAAGGAGACCUCACCAUGUUCAACGCUGAGGCUCUCCUGAAGGCCAUUGACGUCCUGAAGCGGGAGGUGUUGCGUCAGCGGCAAGAGAAGGAGGAUCUGGAGGCGCGUGUGAGAGAGGAGGUCUGCUCCGAGAUGAUGGAUAUCAUCAACAGCAUGCAGGACAACUUCAGCACAACCCUUGAGAGCGAGAGGGACCUGAUGGAGAAGAGGUGUGAGAACAAGAUCAACAAUCUGAGGAGCAGCCUGAGGACGUACUACAGCCAGCAGCUGGAGGAGAGAGAGGAGCAGAUCCGAGAGCUAACCGCAGCUCUGCAGGAGCCCAGGGGUGGGAGUGGGGCUCCUAUAUUCCCCCCACUGGUGGAGGGGGAGGGCCCACGGCGCUCUCAGAGGCUGGCCUCUGUGCAGAGGCGGGACACAGGGCACGAGAAGGCGGAGCUGGAACAGUGCAGGGCGGAGCUGGAACAGUGCAGGGCGGAGCUGGACCUGAAGCAGACUGAGCUGAGACUGAAGACGCUGGAGCUGAAGCGUUUCCAGGAGCAGAUUCCCGUUGACAGCACCACUGGAAGCCUGACGGCUACAGUGGACCGCAAGCUGAUGGAGGGCCAGAAGAACCUCAGGCAGCUGCGAGCAGACCUGCACACACUGGGUCUGAAGCUGCAGUCUGGGGAGAGAGCCUGCUGUCGUAACACUGACGGAGAGAAGUUACGCACCGCCCUGAGUACAGCAGACCACACACUCGCCAAACAGGACCAGAUGCUGAUGGAGCUUCACACCAGUCUGCAAAUGGUGAAGGCCGAACUGCGCCACAAAUCCGAAGCUCUUGCACAGAUGCAGCUUGGCCAGCAGCGCCCGCCUCCUGCUCCAGCCACGCCCACCACACCCAGCUCCUGUAAGAGGCGGGGCUGCGGCGUGGCCAUGGCCUACAUGGAGAACCAGCCCCCGGAGAAGCGGCCCUUCCUGCACUCCCUCUUCUCAAGCACCAAGACCACCACGGGCCAGCUCAGGGCCACGCCCACUGCCACGCCGUACGCCAGAGUGCUGCGCUCCCGCCAGCCCUCCCCCCCAGCCAGCCCCAUCCUCCAGCUCAGGGGCAGGUACUGA